AUGCAGGAGGCCGAGAAGUCCACGGAGCUACUGCUCGGGUCCGACGACGACGACGCCAAGGGAGGCCGCGGGAGGUCGGAUAGCCGUCGUCCACGUCGAGGAAACCAGCCGCGCAAGGAGAAGCAGUCGAACAAGUCGACCUCGGCGAAGGACGCCGACUCCUCUGCUAGCGGCAAGGGGCGAGGCGACGGGGAAGCGUCGUGCUCGCUGGUCGGCGUCGUGGAGCCGACCGUCUCGCUAGCACCAGAGGCUGGUGAGGAUUUCCAGGCGAUGGCAGCAGCCGUACAGGCGAACCCGGCGGUGGUCCUGCUGGACAGCGGCUGCUCGCACCACCUGAUGGGGACGAAGGACGUCUUCGUUGACAUGAGGCCGGGCGGCAACGUGAAGCACGUGAAGCAAGUGCGCGGCUUCAAUGGGGCGUUGCAGGACGUUCGCGGCCGUGGCACGGUUGCGCUGCAAGGGGAGGCCGGGAAGCGUGUUCUCAACCCCGACGUGCUGUACGUCCCGGGCGUGCACGCGAACCUGCUGUCGGCCGGUCAGCUGAAGGAGAACGGCGUGAAGCUGAAGGAGGACGGCGACGGCAUGCUGCUCGUCUCGGCGACGGGCGACGUGCUCGGUCGAGCAACGUACUCCGGCCGGGUUCUCUGCACCGACCUGCGUCCCUGCCCGGCGAUCGAUGUCUGCGGCGGAGGAAGUGGCCCUGCGGGCAAUCGUCUCGGCGACUAA